AUGUUUCGCAAUGUUAUAACAGUAGCAGAGAAAUUUCGAUCUUUGCAUGAUGUAUUUGACGCUGCUAUCGAGGAAGAUUGUGUUUUUAAUUGCCCCACUGGUCAUAAGCCAGUCAGAAAUAAAAAUCACAUACCUAAAGCAGACGGUUGCGGAUCAUUAGGUGUUGAUAUUUCUUCUGAAUAUUUGCCUAUUCAAGAGAUGACAAAAUGUUGUGAUAAACAUGACAUGUGCUAUGAUACUUGUAACAGUGGUAAAGAAAUAUGUGAUUUAGAAUUUAAGAGGUGCUUGUACAAUUACUGCGAUUCAUACAAGUCUAUAAAUGUUGCAGGAGAUACUAUUACUAAGGGUUGCAAAGCAGCUGCUAAGUUAUUGUUUACUGGUACACUUACUUUAGGCUGUAAGUCCUAUUUGGAUGCACAGAAAAAUGCCUGUUAUUGUCCAUCAACCAAGAACAAUAGACACAAGAAGUAUACAACGGGUGAUGGUGAACUG